ACACGCAUGCGCCUAGCUUACGUUACCGGGGUAACGCCAAGCUUGAAGCUUAGCUAAAACAGCAUUAGCCAGCGCACAGGCUAGUUAUUAUCAGGCGGGUAUUUGCAGGCGUUUCUCUGGCAUUUCUCUGUAGAAAUGGAGGUGACUUUAUCCAUGGACCCACUCUUUUUAGCGUGGAGCUAUUUUAGAAGACGAAAGUUCCAGAAAUGUUCGGAUAUUUGCACAAAGGUGUUGGAAGACAGUCCUUACGACCAGGAACAUGAUACACCACUCCAUAUUUCUGAGGCGGCUUGGAGUCUGAAGACAAGAGCUGUGACUGAGAUGGUGUACAUUGAUGAGGUGGAAGUGGAUCAGGAGGGGAUUGCAGAAAUAAUGUUGGAUGAAAGUUCCAUUGCUCAGGUGGCACGCCCUGGAACAUCACUUAGACUCCCUGGAACAAGUCAUGGGGGAGGACCUACUCCAGCUGUCAGGCCAAUGACCCAAUCAGGACGCCCCAUCACAGGAUUUGUAAGGCCCAGCACUCAGUCUGGUAGACCAGGGACCAUGGAGCAAGCCAUCAGAACUCCUCGCACAGCAAACACUGCCCGUCCAGUCACUAGUUCCUCUGGAAGAUUUGUCAGAUUGGGCACGGCUUCCAUGCUCACAAAUCCAGAUGGACCUUUCAUAAACUUAUCCAGGUUAAAUUUGGCAAAGUAUUCCCAGAAACCAAAUUUAUCUAAGACCUUAUUUGAAUACAUCUUUCAUCAUGAAAAUGAUGUAAAAAAUGCAUUGGACCUAGCUGCUCUUGCCACUGAGCAUGCCCAGUUCAAAGAUUGGUGGUGGAAAGUUCAGCUGGGCAAAUGUUAUUACAGGCUUGGUUUGUAUCGUGAAGCUGAGAAACAGUUUAGAUCAGCCCUCAACCACCAAGAAUUUGUAGAUACAUAUCUCUACCUGGCAAAGGUAUAUCAGCGACUGGAUCAGCCCAUAACUGCCCUAAACCUCUUCAAACAAGGCCUGGAUCAUUUCCCAGGAGAGGUGACUUUGCUAACUGGAAUCGCUCGGAUUCAUGAGGAGAUGAAUAACAUCACUUCAGCCACAGAGUACUACAAAGAUGUCUUAAAGCAGGACAAUACACAUGUGGAAGCCAUUGCCUGCAUUGGAAGUAACCAUUUUUAUACAGACCAACCAGAGAUUGCCCUACGCUUCUACAGACGCUUGCUGCAGAUGGGUGUGUACAACUGCCAGCUGUAUAAUAACCUGGGCCUGUGCUGCUUUUAUGCUCAGCAGUAUGACAUGACAUUGUCAUCAUUUGAAAGAGCAUUAGCUCUGGUUUCCAGUGAUGAGGAACAGGCAGACGUCUGGUAUAAUCUUGGACAUGUUGCAGUGGGUAUAGGUGACUUGCCUCUGGCCUAUCAAUGCUUUAAAUUAGCUUUGGCUUUCAACAAUGAUCAUGCUGAGGCUUAUAACAAUUUGGCAGCACUGGAGCUGAGGAAAGGCCGCAUUGAGCAGGCAAAAGCUUUUCUACAGACAGCUGCUACUCUGGCCCCGCAUAUGUAUGAGCCACAUUAUAACUUUGCUAUACUAUCGGAUAAGGUGGGUGAUCUUCAGAGUAGCUACAUGGCUGCUCAGAAGUCUGAGGAUGCCUUUCCUGAGCACGUGGACACGCAGCAGAUCCUGAAGAGCCUCAGGCACCACUUUGCUGUACUUUAAAAGAGUAAUGGAAUAGAAGACCACAUUAAACUCAUGUUUAGAGAUGUUUAUAGAGUC